GAGACUUCGCGAUAGCUUACCAGACAGGCUUGCAACAGAAACAGGAACGCAGUUCUUCCCUAGGCUUAAGGAACGCUGGGUUCCAUACCGCCCUGGUACAAAGGGUGGCGCUGGCAUAGGAGAGGGCACUUUGUAUCAUCGCUGCUUGUAGUAGCAGUCUGUCUGCUGGAGUGGAUUGUCAGGAAAGGAGCAUGCUGGGCCUGGUGCUUGCGCUGGCCCUUGGGGCCAACACGCACGCGUUCGUUGUCACAACUCAGCAGCAUCGACCAGCACUCUCUUCGUGCGCAAGGGGGCAGAGCUCUUCGCCAGUCCCAGUAGGCGAUGGGCCGGCUCGAAGCUACAGCAGGCUAAGGAGAACCGGCGGGUAUGCCGUUUCGCCGAGCGGUAACACCAAGAACCGUCUGUCUACUUGUAUGCGUGUGAGGAGGCCUGGCGGGGGCGACGUAGAGAUUGAGGGAGUGGGGGGAGAGACGCGACGGGUGCAGCAGCGCUCCAGACGACGGCCGGACUUGCGCCAGAUAGGCCUGCAGACCGCAGCGGCAGUGGUGGUACAGCAAGACGAAGUCGUCGAUGUUGCCGAGGAACAAGCGGGGGCAGAGGGUGACACCAUCGGGGAGGAGUCGGGAGAGGAGUUCAUGAACCUGGCGGAGAGUUUCGACGCCUCCCAACGCCUGGUGGAGGAGUCCAUGAUGGACCCGCAAACCGGGACGAUCCAGGAUCAGUACACCAAGCUAUACAUGCCGAUGGAUGGCCUGGUCAUCAAGAAGACCUACGGGUUCUGGACAUGGCAGGUCUUCGGGUUCAUCUUCGUGCAGCACUUCGUGAGGAACCUCGUCCGCAAGGGAGGCAGCCUCAAGAAGACGUCGAUGUCGGAGUUGAAGUGGGACCACAUCGUGACGGAGCCGGAGCACCUGUUGGAGCUGAAGGCUUACUGCUGCGAGGAGUGCGGGUAUACCCUCUUCCCCGCCCGAGGUCGGCACGAGGUGUUCUUCGACGAAGUGGAAGAUUUCAAGUGCCCCGAGUGUGACGCGCCACGAUCGUCCUUCUUCGAUGCCAACGAUAAGAACGACCCACACAACCAGAAGCGCCUUGAAAAGAUGGCGGCGAACGUGGCUGGACCGGGAAAGGCAGAUGGGGAGGGGGGGGGUAGUGAGGAUGCUGACGAUGGGAGCAGCGAGGGGGAAGUCGUUGCUUCUGCGACAGCGGGGGCACCGUCGACAGUUUCAACGGCGGAGGCGACCAAGGCGGCGGCGGCACCAGCACCAACAGCGCCAGCAUCCGGCCCUCCCGAGCAGGCACCGCCAGAAAGUUCCGGAAAAAAUCCUACUGCAGAAGAAGCGGAUGGCGCUGAUGAUGAUGAUGAUGACCUCCUUGACAUGUAG